AUGGAUUCUAGCGCCGCAGAGGCGACACCCAAGGGCAGUGGGCUACCCUUGGCAUUUCACGGCACGAUUAUCCAUUCACUCGACGUAGAUGAACUUGAGAUCAUCGAAGAUGGACUGCUAGUCGUCGGAGGAGACGGGAAGAUCGAAGCACUCCGGGAAAACGUCAGCAAGGAUCAGGUAAACAGCAUCGUCUCCGAGGUCGGAUACACACCCGACGUAUUCCCAGUGAAGUACUUGAAAAGAGGAGAGUUUCUUUGUCCGGGCUUCAUAGAUACCCAUAACCAUGCACCACAAUGGGCCCAACGUGGAGUUGGCAGAGGCCUUGUCAUUAUGGACUGGUUGAAUAAGGUAACCUUUCCUCAUGAAGCCAAAUUCGAAGACCCGGAAUAUGCGAAGCGCACCUAUGCCUCUUGUGUAUCGGGAUUUCUGAAACAGGGAAUCACGACAGCCUCAUAUUAUGGAUCGAAGCAUUGUGAGGCAACCAAAAUCCUCGCGGAGAUUUGUCUGGAAAAGGGCCAGCGAGCUUACGUCGGAAAGUGCAAUAUGAACCGCAACGCUCCAGACUGGUACCGCGAUCUCACGGCCGAGGAGUCUAUACAAGAGACGCGCGACUUCAUCGCUCAUGUACGGGCAAUCGAUCCAGAGAAAAGCCUCGUCACUCCAAUCUUGACGCCCCGCUUCGCUAUUUCCUGCACGCAUGAUGUCCUGGCUGGCCUUGGCGAGAUAGCCAAAGAGAACCCAGAUCUACCUAUUCAAACCCACUUCAACGAGGCAGAACAGGAGAUGGAGAUCACCAGAGAGUUAUUUCCCGAGUUCAAGAACGAGGCAGAUUUGUACGAGCAUUUUAAUCUGCUAAACGAACGCUCUAUACUGGCUCACUGCAUCUACGUCGAUGAGUACGAGAUGGGACGUCUGAAAGCACUGAAUUGUGGCGUGUCUCACUGUCCCAUCUCCAACACCACUGCUGGCGUGUAUAUGGUCGCUCCCAUCCGCGAGUACUUGCGACGAGGCAUCAAAGUCGGACUCGGAACCGACAGUGGCGGGGGUUAUUCGGCGUCGAUUAUCGAUGCUAUGCGACAGGCAUUUAUCGUAUCCAACGCCCGACAGGUCCUCACGAAGGGCAAAGAUCCAUCGCUAUCGCUGAAGGAAUGUUUUUUCCUCGCGACGCUGGGGGGUGCGCAGGUUUGCUGCUUGGAUGAUAAGAUUGGAAAUUUCAAAGUCGGUAAAGAAUUUGAUGCUCUGGAGAUCCAUACCGAGGACACAGAACACCCAAGCAUCAUAACGCCAAUAGAGGAUGAGGAUUCUAAUGAGAUUAUCUGGGAGAAGUUUUUGAUGUCAGGCGAUGAUCGGAACAUCGCAAAGGUCUACGUCAGAGGUAAAUCUGUCAAGGUAUAA